CGUCGCCAAAAAUUUUUAUACGCGCUCUGCAGAGGUGGUACAACAAAGUUCGGUCGCCUUUCUUUUCUUUUGUGACGCGUCGACCUUAAAGGCUAUUUUCGUUUGACCAUAAACGCACUAAAUCGAAAAUGGGAAACACAAAGAGUGGGUGCUACGACGAAGUCAGUGUUGAUCCGUGGUGGCCGGAAGGCAGUGACCAGACGCCAGUCAUGAACGAAAUUUCAACGCUUCACCAGAAACGUGUUAAGUUAAUCGCGGAGAAAAGGCAAGAGAUGAAUAAUUUGCGGGAAGAAGUUGCAAGGCUCAAAGAAGAAAAUGAGCGCUUGAUCCAGAACGCUUCCUUUGAAGUGCCAGGGAGUGAGCUGGAGCAACAGCUGAAGGAUGCCAGAAGCGAAAUUCAGGCGUUCGAAGUGGAACGGAAGGAGUAUAGCACACACGUCACAGCCCUUAAGGAUAUAAUCGCAGUGUCCAAACAGCUACUGUUGAUGAAGGAAGACCAGCUGAAAGAGCUGACCGAACAAGUUGACCAAAACCAAAAGGCGCUCAGCGUCAACGAAUCUUCAGAGUGCGCUCGCAAGGAAUACGAAAAACAGCUCAAAAGCUUCAGGCAACUGAAGACACUUUACGAGGAGCGACAAGAAGCGCAACGAAAAGAAAACAGUGAGCUCAAAACGCAAAUAAAUGAGCUCACCGUCGAUCUCAACGCGCAGGAGACCACAAACGCCGAACUCCGUUCGAGACUGGCCGAGCUCGAAGGCGAGGUAUCGGAUAAGUCGGACCAAAUCUUCAAUUUGGACUCCCAGCUGGGUUUAUCAAAGGCGGACUGCCGAGAGUUACAGUCGCAGUUGGCGGUCAUCAAUCAGCUCUUCUCGCAAAUACUGACAGGUUUCAAUAACGGACAAGAGAUCGACCUGGAUAAACUGAUCAGGACGCUCGAGGAGAACCACGACCUGCUCACCGACAUCGCGAGCAACGAAGAAAGCGACCAGGCCCUGCCCAAGGUGCUCCUGGACUUGGUCAACCAGGUCAAUAACGAAAGCGGCGAGGCCGGAACGAGUCAGAGGGGCGAAACGACGGCGCUGAACAGCGCGACCGAGAUCGUGCAGAACCUCCCGAAGGUGUGGCGCGUGCUGAUCGAGCUUCUCAGCCAUCAGAGCGCCCCGGUCAACGAGCUCAAUGAGAGCGAUGCGUGCUACAAGUCGGUGCAAACACCCACCGGACCGACCUUGGUGUUAAGUGUGAGCAAGACAUUCAUCCGACUCAAGAACCUAAUCGUCGAAAAGAAGGCGCUCGAAAAGGAAACGAACAGACUGAAGCAGCUAAACUCGCACCUGGAAAAUCGCCUGCAGGACCAAGAGAAACGGCUCGAGAUGGUUUCCAGUGAGGUGGCGAAAACCUGGCACGUUGUCGGCAAAAUGCAGAAGCAGCACCAGAUGCUGCACACCCAGGAGAACAUCCUCCGCUACGAGCUGGCGCAGAAACGCAAGCUGCUCAACGAGCUCAAGGAGGAGCUCGAGUACUGCCGCGAGAAGUGGAUGCAGGCGCGCGAGAAGAACUCCAUCACCGAAAAGCAGUGGAAGCAGCUCCAGUCCGAGUUCGCCUCGCGUAGGAAAAACGACGACUUUAAUAACAGCGGCGAGAGCGGGUACAGUGACGAACGCGAAUCGUCGGCGAGCGACAGCGAGGAGGAUCGCGCUGGAAUCCUGGAGGUGGUCCAGGAGGAAAUCGCGAACAUCGAGAAGCAGUGCAAGGACGACGGCGAGCAGGCGAAACACGACGACAUCAGCAACACGUACAAGCGUCUCGAGGAGCACAUCCUGGAGACGAUCAAGAAAACGCAGAGCGGCGAAGAGUUUCCCGAAGCUGAGACGCCGGAACAGGUCGACGAACCCGCCGCGGCGGCGGCGACGACGUCGAGUCACGAAGAGAUCUUGAGCAGGAAAGAGGCGCGACUGAGAAGGUUAGAGGAGGAGACCAAGGAGCUGGUGGGGAUCGUUGUGAAGAACGCGUUUCGGGGGGAGGAAUUUUGCAGCAAGUUGAACGUGUUGCACGACAAGUACGGAGGGGGAAGUUCGCAGGAAGAAGACAGCAAUUAGUGGGGAAUAUUUGAUGUUUUUGUUGUUAAAUUUUUAUAAAGUUUUGUAUUGAUCAUUUGUAUACAAAAUAUAUUUAUUGAUGUUUGUUA